CUUAAAAGAUACAUAAUACAUUUGAGUGACGAUAUUUAGUUUUUUUGGCUUUGUAUAUUUUUUUGCUCAAUGGUAAAAACAGGGUGGUUUAUAUUAAUAAUAAGAGUGAGAGAGAAAUUUUAAAUUGUAGAAAAAAAAAUUACAAGUAAGGGUGUGCAAAGAAACACAGCUGUUGCAUUUCGUGGAUAACAGAUUAUACCACCAGGUAUCUUUCUAUCUCUUUUAUUUUUUUUUAUUUUUUAUUUGUUGUGCUCAAAGAAUAUUCACCGAACCGCAGCCGUUUACCUUCUCAAAUGCAACGAAACAGAACACAGUACAGAACGUUUCUAUCGUUGAGCAUGUCAGGACGUGUUUCUAAACUCCGUCAAAUAAUUGUCUAUCGCAUGAAUCAUCAAGUGAAAAAUAUAUAACAAUUAAUAAUAAUUAAAAACUGCAUGAAUUUUAUUUAAAAAAAUAAAUUCAACAAGUGUUUAAAUAUUUAAAUAAAUAAUUUAUAUUUAUUAAAAUUUUACUAUAAAGAUUAACGGAUUUAUAAAAAGUUUAUUAAAAAUAUUAGUGGUGUUUUUAUUUAUUUAAAUUAAAAAUCUGUAACUUGUAUUGAAGAUUAAAUACCAAGAAUAUUAAACUUGAUAAUAUAAAUUUUAUUAAGACAGUAAGCUAAUUUAAGUGCCAAGAAAAAAUAAGUUAAAAAAGUAAAAGAUAACAAGUGUAUAUAAUAUUUUAGUUAAAAAGACCAGACGUUGAACUUUUUACUUUUUUUUUUUUUUUUUUGUUAGAAAUCUUUUAGUAAAAUCAAGCAAGUAUCCCAUCAUCAUCAUCAUCAAGUUGGUUUUAUUUUCAAGUGGUCUGUGUGCACACGCUGAUGUAUAUUAUUUAAAUACGUCAGUGUACGUCAGUUGAUGUUCCAUUCAUUUCUCAUAUCAUAAACGAUAAUUUAUUUGAAAAAAAGUACUAAAAUAAACAUCAAUAAUCAUCAAUAUAAAACUAUUUUAAAAUCAAGUGUAGAAUUAAUCAUUUUAUCUCAACGUCAUAAAGUCUUUUGCGUCUUUUUUUUUAUUUUUUCUCUAUUAUUGAUUUAUUUAAAAAAGUGCAAGUGAUAAAUGUUUUAAGUGCGUCUUAUGUUUUUAUCACAUCACGAACGAAUGAGCAAUAAGAUUAAUUUACAUUUUCCAAAGUCGAGUUUUAAAAUAAAAAGGGAAAAUAUAUAUUACAUUGAGAAUACAUUGUGAUUCAUUUAACAACGAUACACGUGUUUGUGAUAAAUUGAAUAAUAAAAAAAAUCAAUCAUUUAAUUUUUAGUAAUGCUAAAUUAAAUAUUUUUAUUAUAUUAACAAUGAAUCACUCAAUUUUCGAUGGUCUCAAUCAUGAGGAUGCACAUGAAAAAGCAUUUCCAAGAUCAAUUACAAUUGUUGCUGCUAUUUGUGCAAUUGUUUUCAGUAUUGUUGGUGUUAUUGGAAAUUUAGUAACUGUAGUUGCUCUUUUGAGAUAUAAAAAACUACGAAGACAAGCAACAACAGCAUUUGUCAUCAGUCUAAGCAUAUCUGAUUUGAUAUUUUCAGCAGUUAAUUUACCACUAACAGCAAGUCGUUAUUUAAAUGAAGCAUGGGUACUUGGUGAUUCUUUGUGCAAAAUAUUUCCAGUAUUUUUUUAUGGAAAUGUUGCUGUUUCAUUGCUGAGUAUGGUUGCCAUAACUAUCAACAGAUAUGUGCUGAUAUCAAGAUCAGAUAUUUAUCCAAGACUCUACACAUCUCGUGGUAUAACAAUGAUGCUGAUAGGAAUAUGGGUGAUAAGUUUUUCAUUAUUAUUACCACCAUUAACUGAAGUAUGGGGAAGACUUGGUUUUGAUGAAAAAACAUUUUCAUGUACAAUAUUACGUAAAAAUGAUAAAUCACCUAAAAAAAUGUUAUUUUUAAUUGGUUUUUUUUUACCAUGUAUUGUUAUUAUAAUAUCAUAUUUAUGUAUUUAUUGGAAAGUAAGAUCUAGUCGUAAAAAUUUAGAAGCACAUACUGGACAAAAACAAAAUAAUGGUUUUCAUAAAAGAGAAGAUUCAAGACUAACUAAAUUAAUGUUAACAAUAUUUUUAUGUUUUUUAUUAUGUUUUUUACCAUUGUCACUUGUUAAUAUUGUUGAUGAUAAAAUAAGAGUACCAAUAUUACAUGUUAUUGCUUCAAUUUUAGCAUGGGCAUCUGCUGUUAUUAAUCCAUUUAUUUAUGCUGGUACAAAUAGAUUAUACAGAGAUGCAUAUAGACAAGUACUUUGUCCAUUAUCAUCAUUAAAUAAAAAAACAAGAAUUCCAAAUGGUAAUAAACCAACAUGUUCACAUUCCUCAAAAAUAUCUUCACCACAAAAUACGUAAAAAAAAUACAAACUAAAAUUACGUACAAUUAAAUUAAGUUAAAUUUACUUUUUGCAUUGAUUUUUUUAUUAUUAUUGUUUUUUUUUCUAAUAACAUUGUAUCAUUUUUUUUCAUUGUAAUUAAUUUUAUAUUAAUAAUAAAUAAUAAUAGCCAUCAGUAUUAAGACAUGUGUAAAAUAAAAAACUAACUGUUAAACUUUUUUUACUAAAAACAAAAAUUCGAAUAUUGAUAGAAAUUAAAAAAAAAUUAGUAUUAAUAUUUCGAAAUAAUAUUAAUUACUACUGAUAAAAUAAAUUUAUAUUUCUUUUUGUAAUUUUUAUUAUUAUUAUUGCCAUAUAGUGCGUAAAAAAAUUGAAUACACAUAAUAAUUGAUUUUUUUUUUUAAGUUGAUAUUUCAUAUAAAAUACAAUUAAUAUUUACUUAAAUUCUAAUCGUAAAAUACUAUGAUAUUUUAUUGAUAUUUUGUGUAUAGAAAAUAUAUAAAAAAAAAAAAAAUAAUAAACUUAUAACAAAAUUGAGAUCAAUUAUAAUAAAUAAAUUAAGUAUAUUUUUUCAUGGACGGACGUGUUGAGUAGUCUUGAGUAUAUUGAUUGUCAAAAUUAAUAAAACAAUAUAAAAAAGCUAAAUAAAAACAAUCAUUUUAAAAAUUUAUAUAAAGUAAAAUUGCAGGUAAAUAAAAAAUAAAAAAAA